CUCAUUGGAUUAGUGCUGUCACUAGUCAAGUCCAAUUGCUUAUAGUAGCAUAGCUGCAUAGAGCCGUUUGAGCGUUCUCUAUACUCUACUCCAUAACCCAAAGCUCUAUUUCUACCAAUCAAAACCACCGGACCACCCACUAGCCCCGCACCCCACUGCACCCUCUUGCCUCUUUAAAGGUUUUCUCUUUCAUUUUCAAAGUGGACUGAAGAACUGGAUGGUUUAAGAUUAAGAUUUUCGACUUGGCAUAUUUGAUAGAGGCAUUAUAGUCAUGUUGAAUGUGCUUAAGCAGCUGAAAUCAACCCAAUUAAUCUGGAAGGAUAUUUCAAAGUAUGGUAGAGCUUCAUCUCUUUCUUUCCUUCACUCAUCAGCAGAAGCCUCAUUUGAAGUUUGUUCCAAGGAACAUGAAGUCGUAAUUGCACUCGGGAGCAAUAUAGGAGAUAGAAUAGAAAAUUUCAACCAAGCUCUGCACCUAAUGAAGAAAUUAGGCAUAAACAUCACAAGACAUGGUUGUUUAUAUGAGACAGAUCCUGCCUAUGUGACUGAUCAACCCAAGUUUCUUAACUCUGCUGUGAGAGGCUUUACAAAACUUGGGCCUCAAGAACUAUUAGGGAUGCUGAAGAAAAUUGAGAAGGAUAUGGGUCGAACUAAUGGAAUAAGAUAUGGCCCUAGGCCGAUUGAUUUGGAUGUGCUAUUUUACGGGAAGUUCAGGGUAAGAACUGAGAAUCUCAUAGUUCCCCAUGAACGGAUAUGGGAGAGACCAUUUGUGAUGGCUCCAUUAAUGGACAUAAUUGGGAAUGAUGUAGAAAAUGACACAAUUGCUUCUUGGCAUUCAUUAUCAAUUUUUUCUGGUGGACUAUUUGAAGCAUGGGAAAAACUUGGCGGAGAAUCACUUAUUGGGAAGGAUGGAAUGAAAAGAGUUUUGCCAGUUGGAAAUCACAUGUGGGAUUGGUCUCAGAAAACCUCUGUAAUGGGAAUCUUGAAUUUGACUCCCGAUAGCUUUAGUGAUGGAGGGAAGUUUCUAUCUGUGAAAAGUGCAGUUUCUCAAGUUAGUCAGUUGAUCUCGGAAGGCGCUGAUAUAAUUGACAUUGGGGCUCAAUCCACAAGGCCAAUGGCAACUAGGAUUUCUGCUGAGGAAGAACUAGAAAGAUUAGUCCCUGUCUUAGAAGCUGUUAAGGAGAUAAUUGAGGAAGAAGGAAGAAUUUUAUCUGUGGACACUUUUAAUUCAAAAGUUGCCUUUGAAGCUGUGAAGAAAGGGGCACACAUUGUGAAUGAUGUCUCUAGUGGAAGACUGGAUCCUGAGAUGUUCAACGUGGUUGCAGGCCUUAAAGUGCCUUAUAUUGCAAUGCAUAUGCGAGGAGAUCCUACUUCGAUGCAAAAUACUGAAAACUUGACAUAUAAUGAUGUUUGCGAGCAAGUGGCUUUAGAGUUGAGCUCUAGGAUCAUGGAUGCUGAAUCAGCAGGGAUUCCUGCUUGGAGGAUAAUUAUCGAUCCAGGCAUUGGAUUUUCCAAGAAUACAAAUCAAAAUCUGGAACUUCUUUCAGGUUUGAAAAAAUUACGGCAAGUGUUGGCAAAGAAGAGUCUGGCCUUGUCUCAUAGCCCUUUACUAAUGGGUCCUUCAAGAAAGAAGUUUUUGGGUGAGAUUUGCAAUCGUCCUGUAGCAACUGAUAGAGAUCCAGCUACUGUCGCUUCCAUCUCUGCUGGAGUUUUGGGCGGUGCAAAUAUAGUUAGAGUACAUAAUGUUAGGGAUAACCUUGAUGCUGUCAAGUUAUGUGAUGCUAUGCUUAAAAAGGGGGAUAGUUAACCAUUUUUAGGUACUUAAAGGGUUUGUUUUCAUGUUUCUCUUAUAUCUCUGUGCCUAUAAAAAAUAGGCUGUAACAAAUUGUAUACCAUUGUCUGCAGUAACAAAUUUAGAUAAAUUGACUUAUGUUUGGCCUUAGUAAAUCAUAUAUCAUACAACUAUUGCUCAUAA